UUGAACCUGCGCGCGCGCGCGCCGCGCCACAAGCUGUACGCGCGCCACGCGCCCAUCAAGUGCGUCGCGCUCUCGCCGCGCGAGGACUACUACGCGAUCGGCGCCGCCGACGGCGACAUCAAGGUACCGCCACACGCACAGCACACAGCGCCACACCGCCACAUAACACAACGCGCGGUGUCGUGCGGGCGGCGCGGCGACGUGCUGGAGUGGAACUUGCGCGCGCGCGCGCCGCGCCACAAGCUGCACGCGCACCACGCGCCCAUCAAGUGCGUCGCGCUCUCGCCGCGCGAGGACUACUACGCGAUCGGCGCCGCCGACGGCGACAUCAAGGUACCGCCACACGCACAGCGCACAGCACACAGCACACAGCACACAGCGCACAGCACACAGCACACAGCGCCACACCGCCACAUAACACAACGCGCGGUGUCGUGCGGGCGGCGCUGCGACGUGCUGGUGUGGAACCUGCGCGCGCGCCACGCGCCCAUCAAGUGCGUCGCGCUCUCGCCGCGCGAGGACUACUACGCGAUCGGCGCCGCCGACGGCGACAUCAAGGUGUUCUCCUUGGCCACUCAUCAGUUACUGUAUACUUUCGCCGGGGAACACGCUCGGAGCUCGUUCUUUAAACACAUUGGACAAGGCGUUACGCAAAUUCACAUUGACAACGCGGGACGUUUGUUCUCGUGCGGCGCUGACGGCACCAUGAAGGUGCGCAAGCUGCCCGAACGCGACUCGCCGCCAUUGCACCAGCCGCAGUACUAA